AUUCGUAUUUAUCAAAAUGGUGAAGGAAACAGGAUAUUAUGACGUUCUCGGAGUAAAGCCGGAUGCUUCAGACAAUGAGUUGAAGAAGGCCUACCGUAAAAUGGCGCUCAAAUUCCAUCCAGACAAGAAUCCAGACGGAGCUGAGCAAUUCAAGCAGAUCUCCCAGGCAUACGAAGUAUUAUCAGAUGAGAAGAAACGUCAGAUUUAUGAUCAGGGUGGAGAAGAAGCACUUCAAGGCGGUGGUGGUGGCGGAGAGGGAUUCCACAAUCCGUUCGACGUAUUCGACAUGUUCUUCGGAGGCGGUGGUCGUGGUGGUCGUGGAGAACGUCGAGUAAAACCAACGGUUCACAAUUUACGGGUCACACUCGACACACUGUACAAGGGUGUUACGAAAAAGCUGAAAAUCUCAAGAACUGCCACUUGUAAAGGAUGCAAGGGACUUGGAGGCAACGAGGGAUCCGCUAAGGAGUGCUCUGAUUGUCGUGGACGUGGAAUCAAGGUUCGUGUUAUCAGAAUGGGACCAAUGGUUCAACAAAUGCAAUCUCACUGCGACAGUUGUAAUGGAGAAGGCUCAACAUUCCUUGAAAAAGAUCGCUGCAAAAAGUGUAACGGAAAGAAGCAGGUGAAAGAAGACGAAAUUAUUGAAGUUGGAAUCACGCCUGGCAUGAAAGAUGGCGAGAAGUUUGUGUUCGAAGGAAAAGGAGACGAAGUGAUCGGUAUUGAGAAGCCUGGAGACUUUGUAGUUGUGCUCGACGAGGUUGAACACGAGAAAUUCGUCCGAAAAGGCGAUAAUCUGAUUAUUCAACACAAUAUCGAUCUUUCCGAGGCUCUGUGCGGAUUUGUGCGAACAAUCAGUACACUUGAUGGUCGAACAAUUUUCUAUCGUGUUCUUCCUGGAGAGGUUAUUGCUCAUGCCGAUGUUAAAGUGAUCCACAACGAGGGAAUGCCAAUGCGUCGAGCAUCAUCUGAUAAAGGAGAUCUUCUCGUACAGUUCGAUGUGAAAUUCCCCGAUAAAAUUAAUCCAGAUGCCGCGAAGAAGCUAGCCGAUUUACUGCCUGGAAAGAGAGAAGAAAUCAUUGAUGAAGACGCGGAAGUCGUUGAGCUGACCGAGUUAGAUCCACAAGCAUCUCGCAGGAAUUUCGCUGAGCGCGACGACUUUGAAGGACACGGUGGAUUCGGUGGACAUGGACACGGGCCACAAGGCGUUCAAUGCCAACAGUCUUGAAUUUCACACCAAUUUACACUUUUUCUGGUCACUUUCCUUCACUAUUUUAGGAUUUCAAACUUGGCUCCAUUUCUUUCCUACUAUCUGCAUGGUUUUCAUCUUUUAAAAACUCAUAAGCCUAAUUUCGACGAUCUGUGAUCUUGAAAUUGAUUUAUUUUUUUGUGUUCCCCGUUCGUUUUACUUUUUAUUCCCAUCAACUUUAGUUCCUGCUCCAUAUGGUCUCGUUUCGUCCCCUCUUCAUUACUUUUUUUGUUUGAUAUCGAUAUCCUACCCACAUUCAUUUCAGUGUUACGUUUUCCCUUAAUUGACUGUCCGUCAGUCUUUUGUGAACAAGGGAGAAUAAAAAAAUUGAUUU